AUGUCUGGACGCAGGCUCGGCGGCGGCAGGAUCCUGGGUAGCGGCAAGGGCCUUGGCCCGACCCCUCCGGCUGUGCCUCGAUCAUCCAGUCCGUUUGCCCCGUCCGAGAGCACCGUUUCUAUCGCCUCUUCUUCGAUAUCGCCGCCUGCUAGUGGGAGUUUGGCCGACUUGACUCAGGAUAUUGGCUCUAGCAUCAGCGUGGGAGCACAACCAAAGGGCGGCGCAGCCGGUGCGUCGAGCCUUGUGUGUCCCAUCUGCAGCGAGGAGAUGGUCACGCUGCUCCAGCUCAACCGCCACAUCGACGACACCCACCAAGAACUCCCUACCGAAGAACAAAAUGAGGUCAAGACUUGGUUCGACAAGCAGGUCCUCAAAGCGAAGCGCUUCCAGCCGCUGUCCAUCAUCAACAUGAAGCUGCGCGGCCUCGAAGUUUUCGAAUCCAACGAAUCCAAUCCGAUCACGCCGCCGCUUCCAACAGGAACAAGCUCUUCCAGCAAGCUGCCCAUAGAGACGCCCAUCGACCCAGAAGAAUUCAUAACCAGAAGUCAUUGGCAACGCUCGACGGGGUAUGAUAUGUGUACGGAUCCUACUUGUGGAAAGGGGCUUGGCCCUAUAAACGGAAACGUCAACUGUAGGAAAUGCGGGCGACUCUUUUGCGAGCAGCACACCAUGUAUCAGAUGAAGCUUAGUAGGAGUGCAAGCCAUGAACCCGUUCGAGGUUACUGGGCACGGGUCUGCGAGACAUGCUACAAGUCUAGGGAAGGAUACAACGACCACACCGGGACUUCAGUCGAUCAUACGGACAUGUUCAAGGCUGUCAGGCGGAACAAGGUUGAACGACAUACGUUGGAGGUUUCACGGCUGGAGAAGCGAUUAACCAAACUUACGAGACUACUUGCGAACUCACCCGAGGCACUUGCCAACCCAUCAAACGGCUCACUGCUAGGUCCGGUCCAAUCUUUGACUGGACAAAAGAACCCUCGGAAAUUAAUUGAACAGUCAGUUGUGACAUGGGAGGAAGAUGACAAGGUUCCGGAAUGCCCCUUUUGCCGCCAGGAGUUCGGCUCCUGGACAUUUAGGCGACAUCACUGCCGAAUAUGUGGCCGCGUAGUGUGCGGAGACCCUCAAACUGGCUGCUCAUCAGAAGUUAGUUUAAGCAUCGCUGGACCAACCGGCCCCGGCGCGGAGAAGCCACCCUCUUCUGCCGGCAAUGGCCAUAUGGCCGUGGAUAUCAGAAUGUGCAAGGAAUGUAAUAGCACCAUUUUCUCUAGUCGCGACUUUGCAGCGUCAUUGGCGUAUAGACCUCCGGAUCAGCGAGCCUACGAAACGCUUCGCCAGUUUGAGCGUGGCAUACGGCAACUUCUACCAAGUUUCCAUCGGGCGCUUCAGGCUCUACAGCCAGAGGUCAGAGAGAAUGGGGAAGUCGACCUCAAUAAACCCCCGCCUACGCACGCGCAAAUCCAAGAAGCCAGCAAGAUACGGAAACGCCUAAUAGAUAGCUUCUCCAAGUACGGAUCUGCCGCCAAGAGACUUCGCGACUUGAAUACCGAUAGCCCGACCCAACAGAGAUUACAAGUCGCAGUUUAUGCUUAUGCAAGUUCAUUUUUACACACCAAUAUGUUGCCGCUGAAAAACCUACCUCAAAUGCUGCGCCACAGAUCUACGCCUUCGACAUCCUCAUCACACUCACAUUUCCUCCCUUCGACAAAUCAUUCGACGUCAAGCCUGCGGCAUUCAGAACUUGCCGAAUCCGAGAACGCUUCUCAGGCGCCCAGUGAGACAAGUACGGUGGUCAGCUUGUUGGAGACGGAAGAAAAAGACCUGAAAGAACGCCUCGCCGUGCUCGAAGAGCAAAAAUUUAUGGUUGAGGAAAUGGUCAGAUCGGCCCAUGGCGCGAGGAGAUUCGAAGAAGUCAGUGCGCUGUCUAGGAAUUUGGACGAGCUUACUGGUGAGAUUCAGGGGCUGAGGAAGAAGAUUGGGGAUGUGGAGAAGAAGUGGGAGGUGGCAUAUCGGAAUGGUGCCUAG